AGGAGAGGGAAUAUUUAAAGCAACAAGGUUUCUUUGUUGAAAAAUAAUUACUUUAAAUAAGAAAUAAAAAAUUUUUUUAUUUAAUAAAUCUUUUCGGAAAUUACAGAAUAUUAUUGCAAACAUUUUCUUCGUGGAACGAAAAAUAAUAGGAACACUGGACUUUCGAAGAGAAAUACGAAACACACGCUCAUUGGAAAUGAUAAUCUACUGUCUUUGAGUAAGAAAGAUCGAAUUGAGCAACUAAUUACUUACAGUGUUUCUUUGAUAAAACAAAUCGUGGCGAAGAAGUUUCUGUUAAAAACGGAAAAUUCUAAAAUGUCUCCGAGAAGAAAAGGAAAAAUUGAAGCAGAAGGAAAAACACAGAUGGAAAUUAUUCCAAAAGCCAAAAAUCAUUUAUGUCACGAAAUUGAGGAUAAUUCGAAAAAUUUAAAAAGCGGAAGAAACGAAUCUAAAACAAUAUCGAAAAUAAAUUCUUCUAUGGAAAAAUCGAAUCCAAUUGUGUCGUCAUUAAAAUUAAUGAAUAAAGAUUCGAAUAGUGAAAAAUUGACGAGAUCGUCAACAAUUAUUUUACCGGGAAAUUGUAGUAGUUCGAGGCAAUUUUCAAAUUCGAGUAGGGGACGAAAUAAUUGUAAUACACAACCAAUAUGGAAACCAGCUGGUAAUGUUAAUGUUACACUUCCGGGGAGACCAAUUUCCCGGCAAAAUACACGAUUAAUCACUUCCUCGUUGAAUAAGAAACGGGAUGAAAAAACUGACGAUGUUUCGUUAAGAAAUCCGACAAGUUCGCGAAGUAAUGAUCCGAAAAAACUACCAAUUUCGCAUAAAAUACAACGAUCAUCGUCAAGCAUGGGUGCUUAUGAUUUAAGAAAAAAAUCCGACAAUAGUUCUCCGAAAAUUGAACAAAAAUCAAUGAGUGCAAGAUUAGAAAAUAAAAAAUCUAAUUUAAUCGCAAAUUCAAUCGAAAGUGGAGAAAGUUUAACAAAUAAAAAUUCUGCACGUGCAAAAUGGAAGACCCGACAACCAGAAGUUAUACAAAUGUUGAAGGAAUUAAUAAAAAAUAAUUCCGAAGAGGAGAAGAAAAUUUCGACAAACAAUUCAAAAAAUUCAUUGAAAUUGAAGAAAAUUGAUAAUUCUCUGUUAAAUUUAAAAGCGGAAAAUUCACAGUCAAAAUUGUCUAUUAAAAAUAAAGGCGAUUCAAAAUCGGGAAUUGCAAUAACGCGAAAUAUGAGUGAGGAUAAAAUUGAUGAUAAUUCAUCGAAAACAAAAUUAAAUCAUAAGAAAUAUUUGCGAAAAAAUGCCAGUGACUCGAGUUAUUUGGAGAGUUAUAUUAAAUUGAAUUCGCGACAAAAUCACCCGACGAAUUCUCGUAAAUCUUUGAGUGAAAAAAUUAAAUCGAAAAAUUCUUCUCAAGUUGAAAUUAAAGAUAAAAAAGAGGAGGGGAAAAUUGACGAUAAUCGUCUAGAGAAAACGAAUAAUUCAAAAUCGUUGUUCAAUUUUCAAGAUUGUAAUAAUUCGCAAUCGACUUGUGAAUUGGGAACGAAAAUUUCAUCAUCAAAAUCAUGUCAAGUUUCUUUUGAAACUUCAUCUUGUUCAAGAAAUUCGGAUCCUGUUCUCGAUACCGAAACGAAUUCUUUUGAAUCUGAUAAUCAAUGUUCGGAAACUUUUAUCGAAAAAUCGGAUCAAUUUGUUGAUAAAUCGAAAAAGAGUUUUUAUCUUCUAAAAGAAAUUCUGGAGAAAUAUGGAUUUAAUGUGGAUUUAGUGGACAAUACGGAAAGAAAAUCGAAUUUAACGGAAAAUGGAUCUUUCUCGUCAAUUUUGCUGGACAAGGAAAGUGGUGCAAUUGUUGCUGUUUGUUCCUCGCAAACUUUAUUCGAUAAACUCACAUCUCUAUCCGACAGCGAUUUGGAAAUAAAAAACAUUAUGAAUCAUUUUUCCCUCGAAUCAAUUGAUAAUGAGAGUCAAGUGAGGAAAAUUGAAAGAAAGAAAAAUUUGGAAAUUCUCCAAAUAACCGAUAAAAUGGAGAAUAAUUUGAGAAUUUCAUUUUCAAAGCACAAGAAUAGAAGUGAAGAAAUUUUUUCAAUUAAUUGCGUGGAAUCGUGUGGAAAAAUUGACGAGGAGAAAAAAAUACAAAAACCACUUUCUGGAAUUGAGGAAAAAUUUUCUUUUGUCAAUUUAAUUUUAAAAGAAGAAUCAGAACGGAAAAUCAAUAAUUUUGUCAAUGAGAAGAAAAAUGAGGAAAAAUUACUGGAAAUUGAAAAUCAGUCUUUGGAAAAUUGUCAAAAAGAAGAAAAUGAAGAAGAUGGAUUUAUUUUUGAUAAUUUAGUGAAGGAGGAAGAAAAUUGUGAAGAAGUGAAUAUUCCUUGCGAAGGGGAGAGAAAUGUAAACACUGUGAAUGGAAAAAAUGAGGAGGAAAAAGAAUCUAUUUUGAUAGAUAUAAAUUUAAAUGAUAAAACUGAAUUUUCAACAAAUACAAAUUCGUAUGAAAUUUCUCCCUCAGAUAUAAUUUAA